AUGGAUGCUACAGUGCUUCGAAAUGACGGCCGAUUUCCAGAUGAAGUAAGAAGGACCGAAUGCUCCUUUAAAAAGAUAGGAGACAAGGGAUUUGUCUACUGGAGGCAAGGAAACUCAAUUGCCAACACUUCUAUUUCACAGAACCGAGAGAAGCAGCAAUUAGCAAUAAGCAUCAACUUCUUAGAAACAAGCAGAAACGAAGCUAUAAAUGAAAGACGUGUGUACGAAAUGAAGCAGAAGGUUUUUGCGAUCUUUUCUGGACUGGUGGGCUUUGACAAUCAAAUAGAAAUUAACGUUGAUGUUUUAGGUGACGAUGGGAGUAUAUUUUCCGUUAUUGUUAACUCGAUCACACUAGUAUGUGCAUAUAGCGGAAUUAGUCUAUCAGAUAUGUGCGUCUCGGCUACAUUAAAUGAAAAUGCCGAUCUUACAUACCAUGAAGAAAGCAAAUCAUUCUCAGUAUGCAUUGUAUACUGUCCCAACCACGAUAAGAUUCUUUAUCUAGAGUCCUUUGGAAAGGUUCAAAGAAUGCAAUUUGAGGAAGCGAUAAACAAAGGCAUUGAGAUGUGUAGACAGCAGCAUGAGAAGUUUCGAGAGCUGGUAAUAUCAUCUGUUAGUUAA